CUUUCGACGAACUGACGCAGACAGUCCGGGAUGUGCCGCCGACGCCUCGUACACGCGGCUCUUGCGAUCCUCGUCCUCGUGGUGGCGAUCGAGGCGAGGCCGCCCGGAGCUACGCUCAGUCGGCCGAAACGAGUGUCGGAUCAAAGAUUAGCAGAAAUUGAGACUUGGUUAGCUUUAUCCAAAAUGAAAGGAAAACUAGUGACGGUACCCGUCGGUUUUGGUCAAGUCGACCCGAAUAAAAUAGGCCGCAGACGAAGAUCGAGUACGGAAAGCAAUUUGCAGGAGCUCCGGCGCAUAUUAAGAUCAGUCGUUGAAGGGGACGGCGAGCUUAGCCCCGAGGAUCGCACCAGAUACGCCAGGCUCUUCUCGUCUCGGUGGUAUGAAAAGGAGCAGGACCAAGCGAGCGGCGACCGGGACGACGACGACAGUAUUUACUAAAACAACGUCGCCGGGAAGUAUUGUGUUGCUUCGCUCAGUCCUCGUAAACCGACCGAACAGUAUUAUACGGAAGAGAAUUUUUCCGAGUAAGCCGAGACCUCCAUGCCGCCCAUUUUCCUCGAAGCUGGCGCGGAAGUGCGAUUCACGAGGUGCUGCUGUCACAACUUGCUGUGUUCCUUAGUUCAAUUCACGAGUAUUCCAGAGCGUCGAGCGCGUGCACGUGCAUUUUUAGUGUCGCCAGGUUCCCCGUGCAGCUUUCCAAGGGAGGAUAAUCUUUAAGAGGUGUGCGCAGAAGAAAGCGCUCAUCAGAGCCAUCGAUCCUCUGUAUUUAUUUAUUAAUAC